CGCUCCUCAGUGGAAACCCAGAGACUCUCGACAGUGGAUUAUAACUUUGAAUGAGGUGUCCGGAGCAAGCGAUACUUCUGUCGUCCUAGUCCGUCGGUCGGUGGUGUUGAGAGUGUCUGUGGCUUUGUGUGCGGGUGAUUCCCCAGAACAUAAAUCAGAAAUUUAAUCAAUCUCACGUGCCGAAUUGCAGUUUCCCAGAGUUUCGUCGCUAUUUCGGGGUGAUUAAGUAUACGCCAGCUUCGCACUACUUCGCGACCGGAAGCGGAAGUUGCCAGGCCGGAAGUCUGGCUGCCUGCUGCCGUCUGGCCCUGCCGUGCUAGUGGCCAUGGUGAAGGUGUACCUGGAACACUGAGCUCGCAGCGGAAAUCGAGGAAGUGUUGGGACUUAUGAUGCCCCGACUACGGCUUAAGCACACAAAUCCGUCAUAAUGCAGCGCUGAGGCCAGCGGAACAAGCAAACACAAGCCAUCGCACUUGAGGGCCAACGCAGCUGAACAAUCGCAGGACGAGGGUGCUCCACUUGACGACUAGCGAUUUCCAAACAGGAGACGUCGACAAAGCCACUAGCGAGAUGGCGGACCUGGAGCGCAUUCGCCUCGUCCUUCUGGGCGGCGCCGGCGUGGGCAAGAGCUCCAUUGUGAAGCGCUUCCUGUUCAAAACCUACACGGACAAAUAUCGCGCCACCGUCGAGGAUCUCUACAAUCGCGAGUACGACCUGGGAGGCGUCACACUAAAGGUGGACAUCCUGGACACGUCGGGUGACAUGCAGUUCCCGGCCAUGCGGCGCCUGUCCAUCGCAACGGCCCACGCCUUCAUGCUCGUCUACGCGGCCACAUCCGCGCCCAGCUUCCAGUGUGUGAAGCAGUGCUUCGAGGAGAUCCGCGAGCAGCGCGGCGACUUCCAGGACAUCCCCAUUGUGAUCGCCGGGAACAAGUCCGACCUGGCCACCACCCACAGAGAGGUCAAGCUGGAGGAGGUGACCGACUGGGUCUUCUGCGAGCUGCCGCGCUUACGGGCGAAAGUGCUGGAGUGCUCGGCGAAGGAGGACAGCAACGUGACGGACCUCUUCAAGUCCCUGCUCUCCCUGUCCCGCUUCCUGCCCGCCAGCAGUAGUGGGAGUGGUGGCAGCGGGGGCGGUGGCGAGGCGGCGCCCAGCGGUUUCAAGCGGCGUUCAUCGGCCUACGUCAGCGCAUCGUCCAGUCGCAAUAAAAAUCGGAUGAACAGCCCGGCCCUGGGAGGCGCCGGCGGCAGUGGCGGUGACAAGAAGGGCUCCAGCCUCGUGGACGCCGUGGAUGUGGCCACCACCAGUGCGGAGGCCAAGCUGAAGCCGCGUUCCAGAUCGCUCAUACGCCGUGCAUCACGCAAGACCAAGCAGCAAAUCAACAACGCAUCCGACGACUGCAACGUGCAGUAAACCAUUAUUUUGGCCGCCAGCGCCGCGCUUAUUUAUGUUAUUUAGUUAUUACGGGCAUGUUGCCACAAUGUGAAUUAAUAAUGGACGCCAGUUAAUUAGCGUGCAUAAACAAGUGGCGCCGUAUUUAUGUUCGGUGCACUGAGCUGAUUAUUCUGAUAAGGCUACCCAGCUCGCAAAAACCACUUGCUCAAGGGCACAAAAAUUUCGAUGAAUUUGCCACUCGGCAAAACAUUUUAUAGUUUGUAAGCACCAGAGCUUCGAAACGAUGCCGUCAUGACACUGGCCUCAGUCUAUAGAUAUUUCGUAAGCAACUCUGAUUAGGUAAAUUUAUAUUUGAUUAUGAAUAGAUUUUCUAGCCUAUAAGCCGCGAAUCAAAUCAGAUUUCUUUAACAAUACUCAUACCUAUAGCAAAGGCAAACAAUUCUGCGACAUUUUAAUCCAGUGUCAUCGCGGCAUAGAAGAUAAGGGAUUAUUCCGACACUGAGCUGACUUGCGAGGCAUUGAGCACACAAAUCGAUUUGAGUUGCGGUCAUUAAGGUUGGAAGGGACCAGGUUUAUUUAAAUUUAAAAUUAACUUUUAUACGAAAAACAAUUUCGAUUUUCGCAAACUUCAGUAGAGCUCUGGGUGCCCGAUUUGAAUUUAAUUUGGAUUUCUCCCACGGGAGAAGGCAUUUUGAAGACUCGUAGUGCCGUUCUCCUCGAAAGGAGUUCCUUUUGAUGGCAAAAUAAUGACUCAACGCGACUGAGUUCGCGGUUUUUCGUGGCAGGACUAAGUUAAAUGCGUUUUCGACUGGCGGAUUGUCAUAAUAUUGUGACAGGUGGCAUAGCCCUAAGCUACAUUCUAGGAUACUAAUUUAUGAAUCUCUAUCUGCACCCUUAGCCGACACCAUGGUUAAUAUUUGAACGUUCCGUGUACACAUCUAUAUAUUAAUGCAGCUCCGAUAAGGAUGUUUGUUUAUAUUGGCCUGAGCCGAACUCGCUCCUUUCGAGUCCGCGAAUCCGAAAGGAAUCGCAAGUUUUGAGGAAGUAAGGCAAUUUCACGUAAAAUAACAAGAACUUUGGCAGAGAGCACCGAGCAAUUUACUAUGCAAAAAACGUAAUUGUAAAAUAAAUUUGGUUGCGGGGAGAGGGAAGGAGAGGAGGGUGCCGAGUGCUUAUCAAGGAUAAUACAGGGUGAACUUCUUAUGCCAAAACGCCAAAAUGCCAAAUCAAAUAGCCCACAAUGCACAUCCUCUUCGCAGGAGGCUUGCGGCAGCGAAUAAUCGAUAAAUCUGUUUUUAAUACGCAACUUGUAUCCUUUGGCACAAGUUACACUUGCAUCUGGGUGGGUGGUGCGUGGGUGUGCUCGCCAGUGUGUGAUAAGAGAGUCCUUUGUGUUUGUUCACCGGAAUGUGCUUAGCAAUAAGAUUUAUUUAAAAGACUACGUUUAGGCGGUACCGAGUACGGCGGAGAUAUCUAAGGGAUCUGUAAAUGGAUGAAAUACGGCAUAUGCAAAGUGAAUUGUGAUUAAACCAAAUACAUCUAGAUACACGUGUGUGUGUGUGGCACUGUGUGCGAGCUGAAAAAUGCAUGCAAACAAUGCACCCAGUGAUUGCAGUAAUGGAUUCCAGCUACUGCAAACACCUGGGCAGGGUCAGAGGCGUCUGAAUGCCCCCAAAAUAGUAUUGAGUAUUGUAUUCGUCCAUGGAGGAUUGUAGUUAUACAUGCAUACUUAUGUGCGGCAUUAUAAACCGCUUACAGAACAGUUACAUACGGAUACAUAUAGUACACAUAGUCAGUACCUAAACAAGUUUGUGUGUGCAGUUUGGAUGUUCGUUUUAUAAGUAAUACGUUGUUUAUACAUUGUUACUAGGUGUAGUUAUUGACAACAAAUCUGCUGACUAGUCGUCGCCACUCGCGUAUAUCAUGAACCAAUGGGAACACAAGGGUGCGGAGGCUUCCACCCUAUCCGCCUAUCGACGAGGGACCGCGAGAUGCUCGAUAUCUUAUCCGACCUACCCGAUUUUAAAUAAACAUAUUCGUCUACGUAGUUCGAUUGAUUGGGCGCACUUACACUUACCUACUCUACUGAAUCGAAGGAUCGUGGCCCAUGGACUACACGUAGUCUAGGCAAACCCAAAUUAACUCUCUAAGUGUGCGUAUGUGUGUCAUGUACUUGUAACUAAUUGAAUUUCAAUUCAAAUUGAAUUAUUGACAAUUGUAUU